GCGCGAAAGGCCCGCGGCAGCGGCUCCUGGCCCGCCGCGGUGGGGCGAAGCGAGGGCGGUGGCGCGGCCCGGCCCGGCGUCGCCUCCUCCUCCGAGGCCGCAGGGGACUCGCCACCUGAAGACGUCUCCACCCGAGAAGUCACGGUUUAAGUUUAUUUUAUCUUUGUGCAAGUCUCUCACCGCCAUAAUGCGACUAGUAAUCCUUGAAGAUUAUGAUCAGGCUAGUGAAUGGGCAGCAAAAUACAUCUGUAAUCGUAUUAUCCAGUUCAAGCCAAGUCAAGGAAGAUAUUUCACACUUGGUCUACCAACAGGGAGUACGCCUUUGGGAUGCUACAAGAAGCUGAUAGAAUAUCACAAGAAUGGAGAUCUCUCUUUCAAAUAUGUAAAGACUUUCAAUAUGGAUGAAUAUGUAGGACUUCCCAGAAAUCAUCCAGAGAGUUAUCAUUCUUAUAUGUGGAAUAACUUCUUUAAACAUAUUGACAUAGAUCCAAAUAAUGCUCAUAUCCUUGAUGGAAAUGCUCCAGACUUACAGGCAGAAUGUGAUGCAUUUGAAAAGAAAAUUGAAGAAGCUGGGGGAAUUGAUCUGUUUGUUGGAGGCAUUGGUCCAGAUGGCCACAUUGCAUUCAAUGAACCAGGAUCAAGUUUGUCUUCAAGAACAAGAUUAAAGACUUUAGCAAUGGACACCAUUUUGGCAAAUGCUAAAUACUUUGAUGGAGACUUAUCUAAAGUACCAACUAUGGCGCUAACAGUUGGUGUGGGUACAGUGAUGGAUGCUAGAGAAGUGAUGAUUCUUAUAACUGGUGCACAUAAAGCUUUUGCAUUGUACAAAGCAAUUGAAGAAGGGGUCAAUCAUAUGUGGACAGUUUCUGCUUUCCAGCAGCACCCUCGCACUAUCUUUGUAUGCGAUGAAGAUGCUACUUUAGAACUAAGAGUUAAAACUGUAAAGUACUUUAAAGGUUUAAUGCAUGUGCACAAUAAACUUGUGGACCCACUGUACAGUAUGAAAGAAAACUGAAAGAAGAAUUGAGGAGGAAUUCCAUGUUGGGUGAACAGCAACGUUUUUAGGUAGCAGAUGAGUUUACUGCUAUGCAAUAUGCUGAAAACUGGCUAAAAUGGGGAAUCCUAGGUACUGUAUUUUUUUAAAGGUCCAAUAUCUGUACAUUCACAUUCCUUAUCUGGUGUUGUACAUUCUGUUUUAACAUUGGAGCUCUGGCUGUUGCAGUAACUAUAUGGAACAAACUUACUGGAAACUGCAUGUUGGGAUGGGGGAAGCAGCUGAUGCUCAUUUAGCAAGGCAGUGUAAUGUCUGUGUUAGAAUACUUUUAUUUCCAAGUAUUUGUAACUUUUGGCUUCAUUAGUGCAAGUACACUUUGCAUUUGUGUCUCUAGGCAGAAUGGUUUUGGCCUUUGUCCAUACUAUUGACUUAUAAGUUGCACAGCUCUGACUAUGAAAUGUUCUGUUUACGUAUAUCAAAUACACACUGAGCUUUUGCACUUGGUUGCCUUAAAUUUAUCUUGUACAAAUUGUUUUGGGGUAUCUCAAGUCCUACUGUGUAAUUCAGGCAAAUAAGACUUCAAAACAGUGCCUAAAAGUAUACCUGAUCCUUCAAAGUGUUGUAACAACCUACUCCAGUUACAAACAUUAAACUUCCGCCAUGGCACUUUUUCUUCUCAUGUAUUUCAAAUUACUUUAGGAUUUUUAUAUUUUUGGUAUUUGAGCUUUAUACAUAAGAAAUCUAAGUGUUCUGUUCUGGAGGUAGACAUGUUUAAUUGUAUCAUUGUUCCUAUUAAAUGCCUGUGAAGAGGUUAAUUUACAGAAGAUCCAUGUCUGCAAGUUUAAAUGAUCAUGCAUUAAAGACAACUGUUAUCUGAACCACUUUGCAAUAGUUACUUCUCAUUGUGUCAUUAUGAACACUGAAUUGUUACAAGGAGUGUUAUUUCCUAUUUUUAAUACAAGUAAAACUUAAAUAUAAAUCUA